CCCCGAUCCGGCCCAACAGUCGCUAUACCAUACCGACACCGGCAGGAUCGGAAACGAAUCAAUUAGACAAUUAUCAACCAUUAAUGACUAAUUCCGAGUUUUCAGUCCCCCGAAAAAGAAUUCACCCUAAAAAUCAGCUGAUAAUUGAUAGUGAAAAACUGAAGGAGGAUAAGGAUGGGGAUCAGAAAUCGCGAAUCCAGAGUUGGACGUCGAUUUGGAUUCUUCAACGAAAGGGAGGAAAAUGGAAACAGUGAGAGAUUAGAGAAGUUGAAGCAAACCUCAGCAGCAGCAGCAGCAGCUGGAGGAGCUUCGUAGCUACGAGAGUCGCCAGAUGGUUAUGAAGUUGCUGCCUCCGUCGUCGCCGCGUCACUCCUUCCUCCGAUCGAGCUUUACUCUUCUUUGCGCCGCCGACCGGCUAUUGGAGACGGCGGACAGCUCCGGCCAGCAGCGGGAAGGCGAUAGCUGGCUGAUUGAGUGUAGCUAGACCAAUGCAGUACUCGUCGAGCGAGAGGGAAGAUUGGAGAGAAUGUCAGGGUUUAUAAAGAGAGAGAUCGCAUCCGACAUUUUUGCUGAUUUCGAAUUGGGAUGGAGGGAAGCAAAAGAACAAAGUGAGAAUUGGGGGAAGAAGAAGAAGAAGAAGAAGAAAAAUGAGAGCAGCUCGUUUCACUGAUGACGAGGCGGAGACUAGGGCGAGGGAAGAGAGCGGUGGUCCCCAGUGUCUGGGAGUCACGUGGCGGUCAGGUGGCGCUAACUCUGGCCGUUGAUUUCAUGCUUUAAUACGAUCAGGAGCCGUUGAUUUUCUGCAUAGUACGGUCGGAAUUAGUUUUUUGAAGUUCGGGGCGUGGCGCGGUAUUCUAGGGCUGCGACUGGCUUCCUUUACCUAUUUAGAUUUCUCACGGCACUUUUGCUUUUUUCAUUUUAAUUUUCCGCGCCACUGAGGCUGAGGCUGGAUGGUAAAAAUUAAAAUUAGUAAAUUACCCAUUUGGUACUACAUACGAUUAAAUAUUUAAAUUCAAUUUGGUUCUAUGGUAUUUCGAAUCCAAAUGAUGCAUUAUUUUGCUAUGUGGCAUUUCAUUUUGAAAUGUGGUAAUUGGUGUAAUUGUCUUGUUUGGAUAAAACAUUCAAAUAUUGUGGUAUUUCACCACUUAAAAGAAGGGAUGAAGUGGAAAAGGAAGUUGGGAGAUGAGGUAUUUGAAAUAACUAGGGGGUGGGUAGGUAUUUCAAAUAACUCACAAUGAGUUAUUUCAAUUGACUCAUGGACAAAAUACCACAUUCUACUUUAUUUUUGCCAAACGAGUUAUUUUGAUUGAAAUACCCCAUUCUGAGUUAUUUCGACCAAAUUACCUCAUCAAAAUACUGCAUCCAAACGACCCGAUAUCGUAAUAAAUACUGGUUUAGUUCAUAUUCAAAUCGAACUAGUUUAGGUUCAAACUUCAAAUCACAUAUAUAAGGAGAAAAUGAAGACUAUAUUAUAAGCUAUCGUCGGAACCGAUCCUGACUUUGUUUAGUCCGUACAUAGAUGUUUAUCUUGAUCUUUGAUUUGAUAGUUAUACUAUACGCAUUGAAAUUACCGACAACAAUGUCAAAUUAUAUCGUAAUACGUUAUCGGAUCAACAAUAUGAACUCGAGGACUCAAAAGCUCUCCUCUUUCUUCUCUAAACUCUCAAUCCAGCCACUCAUCAUCACUAAUGCUCAAGUAGUUGGUGAUUACACAGUCAAGAACAGAAACAUCAAACAAGUAGCUUACCUUUUGUGAACCAUGCAAUGGUUGGAUAGUUAGGUAAUACAUGAAGAUAGUAUCUUGCAAAUGUAAUUUCAAUAACUGCUGUAUUGUUAAGCUGUUUGGAUUGACAUGACAUUUGAUGACGAAUUUUAUAUUACCAAUUAGUUCAUAUAAAGAGCAUUUAUGCAAUGAGUUACGUUAACAAUGUGUACUGUUUAAAUUAAUCCAAAGACAAAAAUAUAAAUGGUUAUCGUGUAGCCUAGAGUGACAUGAUAUUGUUGUCCUCUAAAUAUUUUGCCCUCAGUGUAUCAUAGUAUUUCCAUACAUGUUAGUACGAUCAACCAGAACUACACUGAUGAGCAAAGCUAAAUGUACAUCCUCAGUCAAACUAAACUAGCCAAGAGUAUUGAAUAGGGUUGUAGGUUUGGUUAAUCGAACCGGAACAAUUAACAACCAUAAAUCAAACUACUAUGUUUCUCGAAAAUCGAAAUCAUAUAUCCCAAUUAAAACAAAAUUCCCUACACCCUCAACUAAUGUUUUUCGGUUUUGAUUCCUUAUUUUCGGUAUUAAUCUAAAAGAUAGAAACCAAUUUGGUACAGAUUACUCGAAACCGAUAUAGACUUUACCGAUUUGGGUUCCAUUUAAACCGAAACCAAUAUCAAUAUAGAACUCCAACUUUGGCACCCUCUAUGCAUGCUAAAAGUUCCAAAAUGAAAACCUAAUGUAUCCCUGAACACAUGUUUGGGCUGAAGCCUAAAUCAGAGUUAAGUCACACAUUUGCAAUGAAUAAGUGAUACUAAUAUUCCUACUGUUGAGUCUCUCCCCAUUCCACCUUGCUUACCCAUACAGGAAUUUUAGUCUCUCUUCGAUAAAUCAUCAAAGGCUACAUUGGAUGCCUUGGUACUAAUACAAUUUUGGGGCAAUUUAAUUCUCCUCACUUACCUUAUUUGAAUCAUUGCAUAUGUAAAAAGUGGGGUCUGGUUAAUAGUCCACAAAUUUUAUGUUGUUAACGGGCAUCCCUAACUUGGAAUAGGUGGCAUCGGUAAGAUUUGGUAAAUUUAGUGCUAUUGAAUUCAUGAACACGAAGCUACAGAUGAAGAGAGAAGGAGUGGGUAAGCCUUCGUGUUACAGAGUACGUAACAAAAAGAGGGAUUGUAGAUAAUUGUUGGAUUGCCAAACAGCUGGAGGUCGUCUACAAAGAGCAGUGCUAUGUAAAAAUAUUCUCGAUUUUUUACUUUUAUGUUUUGUUUCAGGUCUAGUGGCUUAGGUAUAGGCAAAUGCUCGUGCUGCUGUAUUGGGAUUUAGUAGGAUCUUGCAAGCAUUUCGUAAACUCGGAUCCCUUUUUUACUUAGUAGAUUAUAGUUGUGAUUUGGAUCGAGCACUCUCAUUUUUGUUUGUAAAGAGUCGAAAAGUCUUGUUCAAAAUUCAAGUAAUGAAAUUGAUGCUCACUGGUAUAUAAAAACGCUCUGGGGUUUGAUUAAUAAAUCAAAAACCUUCUAUCCUAACAUCAAUGCCAAAGAGAGACUGCUCGUAUUAACUUAACAAAAACUAGUCCGAAAAGAAGAAAACCGAAGCAAGUAAAACACAAACUACAGAGAGGGGACUCGUGGGCUCCUCCUUGGGCUAUAACUUGCCUUCCCAUUUCCUCCUCCUAUGCUCUUAAGCUACUCAAUCAAAACCGGUCAAUUUCAUCCACUUACUAUAUAUAUAAUACCUCGGAAUUCUCCUUUCUUUCUCAAUUUACAAAGCCAUAACACAACAGAAAGAUCCCAAAACAACACAUCUUCACAAUGAGGAAAACCAAAUCACUUCAUCCCUCCACUCUCGUGAUCAAAACCUCCCUCUCCUUGUUCUUCGCCCUCUUCUUGGGCCUAGCCAGGCCCGACCCGGACCCGCUCCAAGACUACUGCGUGGCGGACCAGAAACCUCCCCAGGCCCAGUCCGUAUUCAUCAAUGGAGCCGCCUGCAUCAACCCCAAACUAGUAGUUCCAUCCCACUUCGCCACUUCUGCACUCGGCAAGCCGGGGAACACCAAGGCCAACGCCUUCGGUUUCAACGUGACUCUAGCCAGCAUUGCCAACUUGCCCGGGCUGAACACAAUGGGCCUGACCAUGGCCCGCGUCGACAUCGGGCCGAAUGGGCUUGUUCCUCCUCACGCACAUCCGCGGGCCUCGGAGGUGACCGUCUGUCUCAAGGGGAGCCUCCUGGUGGGCUUUGUGGACACUACGAACAAGCUGUUCACCCAGCAGUUGCGGGCCGGUGAUUCCUUUGUGUUUCCGAAAGGGCUGAUCCAUUUCUUGUACAAUUUGGAUUCUGGGAGUGAGGCCCUGGCGAUUUCUGGGCUCAGUAGCCAGAACCCGGGGGCCCAGAUUGCUUCCCUGGCUACGUUCACUUCCAAGCCUUUGCUGCCCGACGUCGUUCUGGAGAAGGCCUUUCAGAUCACUGGGCAGGAUGUGAUGAGGAUACGCAAGAAUCUUGGAGGAUGAUCGAGUUUGUAUGAAUUUGAUCUAAGAAAAAAAAAACUUAUUUUUUCUUGAUUUUUUCAAUAUUGUAUUGUUCGUCUCUAUAUUUAUUUUGUGAAAGUAAAUGGAAAUGUGUUUUGUUUGAGGCUUUUGUCAAGAAAGAAAAUGAUUCUCAUUAUUUAAGAGUUUAAUCUAACGAUUUUAUCAGUAACGAAGUCAUAAAUCAGAGUGAGGAGAGACUCGAGAUAAUAAAUUGCCAUCAUCGAACUGGAGGUGGGAGUGACUAGUAGCUCUCAUCUUACCACUUAAUAUCAGGAGAGGUUGUAGUCUUUUUCGGAGUACACGUAUCUCCAUCAUUAAAUUUUACGAUGAUCUCAUUUUUUUGAAUUAUAUUUAUAGGUAUAAUAUGCCUCUCUACUAUGACGUUUUAUCAAACAUGUCCCUCUACUAUUUUUUACAUCAAACAUGCGCAUGUACUUUGUAAAAAUGAUCAAACAUGUCCUUUUGUUAAAAUUUUCAUCCAAAAACCGUUAACCAAGGCCGAACUUUAGUUUGGGCGACCAAAGUGACUAAAAUAUCCCUAAUAAAUUCAUUUUAGAAUUUUUUUUAUUCUUUUGUAUAAUCAGAUCAUUCAAAUAAUUUUCACUUUGAAAAGAUCCAGGGAAAUAAAACAGGGGACAAAACUUACAUUUUUCCUCCCAUUUGUCGAUGUCGGGUCGUCUAAAUCUCGGUUCAACCAUGAUUGACGAUUUUUUCAAUGAAAAUUUUAACAGAAGGGCAUGAUUGAUAAGUUUUUCAAAGUACGGGACAUAUUUGAUGUAAAAAAUAGUAGAGGGGUAUGUUUGAUAAAACGUCAGAGGGAUAUAUUAUACCUAUAAAGUAUAAACCCUAAAUGUACCCUCUAAAUCAACUGUUUAUUAAUUGGGUGGAGCCUCCGGUGGAAGCUCCGGCGAGUGUAGUGUGUCGGAAUGAUAUACAAAAUGGCUUGACUUGAGCUAGCUUUUCCGAUCGACUGGUUAUCACCGUCGCCGGGCUCAUUUUUCCUCCGGGCCAAGAUAUAGGAGAUCAUGAACAAGGAUUAAAGGAGACUAAUUAUACCACUCGUAAACAGAAAACCAAAAGAAAUCCCCUCAACCAUCAAUCCAGAAGAAAGCAACAGAGAAAAUGACCCGCCAACUAUUAUUACAUUACAUUACACCAUCCGACUUGCUUUAUUCAGCCAUAAGCUUCUAUAAAAUGGAAACCACCAAAUUUAACCCGCAACGUAUUAUGUUUUCUUUUUCUUUCCCUAUAUUGCCUUAGUGGUGAUAAUCAAAUCUUUUCAUUCUUUAGGCCGGAAAAAGGAAUAAUAAAUGUACAAUGACGUAUUCUUCGGAACAAAUCCUAAUUCCUGAUAUUAAUUAGCUAUUAUAUUCGAAAAUUAUAACAAUAGUCAAAAGACGUGAUCUUGUAGUUUAAUUUUCAUUUUGGGAAAAGUUACAAUUGACUUCAAACUCAUGAUAUGCAAUAUCGAAAGAUGUAUUUGAUAACUUUGUGUGGGUGGAGUAGGAACUUCAUGAAUUGGUGGUAUAUGAAAGAAGUUUUUAGGAUUACGGACGACAAGAAACGAGUGAACUGUGAAGGAAAGCGAAAUUAUUGGAUGCAGUCUUCUCCAUUUCAACUUUGAUCGAUGUAUCAUAGGUGUUGAAAUAUGAACGAUGAAGUCAAACCACGUCACGGUAUUAUUAAAUCCACAAUCAAGCUCAAUAAUGACUCAAAAGCUCACAUUGCCUCCCAACUCUCGAUACAGCCAAAUAUCACUAUAGCUCAGGUCAUCGGUGAUUACAUUGUGAACAAGAAAAAGAAAGAAAAAAAAACUGACAUGUUUG